UCCUGAGGAUGGGGCUGCUCCAGUGGCUGACGUUCCUGGCCCUCUGGGGAGUAUCAGGGGCUGAACCAGGGAAGUUCUGGCACAUAACUGACUUGCAUCUUGACCCCAGCUACACAGUAUCUAAAGACCCCCUCCAGGUAUGCCCAUCAGCCGGCUCCCAGCCAGUGCCCAGUGCGGGCCCCUGGGGUGACUACCUCUGCGAUUCUCCUUGGGCCCUCAUCAAUUCCUCCAUCUAUGCCAUGAAGGAGAUUGAGCCACAGCCAGACUUCAUUCUCUGGACGGGGGAUGACACACCACAUGUGCCCAACGAGAGGCUUGGGGAGGCAGCUGUGUUGGGAAUUGUGGAACGCCUGACCAACCUCAUCAGAGGGGUCUUUCCAGAUACUAAAGUCUAUGCUGCUUUGGGAAAUCAUGAUUUUCACCCUAAAAACCAGUUCCCAGCACAGAGCCAUAACAUCUACAAUCGAGUUGCAGAACUAUGGAGACCCUGGCUUAGUAACGAGUCCUUUGCUCUCUUCAAGAAAGGUGCCUUCUAUUCCGAGAAGCUGCCGGGUCCCAGAAGAGCAGGGCGAGUUGUGGUCCUCAACACCAAUCUGUACUACAGCAACAACGAGCAGACAGCUGGCAUGGUGGACCCUGGCGGGCAGUUCCAUUGGCUGGAAGAUGUGCUGAGCAAUGCAUCCAGAGACCGGGAGAUGGUGUACAUUAUUGGUCACGUGCCCCCAGGGUUCUUUGAGAAGACACAGAACAAGGCAUGGUUUCGGGAGGGCUUUAAUGAAGAGUACUUGAAGGUGGUCCAGAAGCACCAUCAAGUCAUAGCUGGACAGUUCUUUGGGCACCAUCAUACUGACAGCUUCCGGAUGUUCUAUGACAAUGCAGGUGUCCCCAUAAGCGUCAUGUUCCUCACACCUGGGGUCUCCCCUUGGAAGACCACACUGCCUGGAGUGGUGAAUGGAGCCAAUAAUCCAGGCAUCCGAGUUUUUGAGUACAACCAAGUUACGCUGAAUCUGCAGGACAUGGUGACCUAUUUCUUGAACUUGAGCCAGGCAAAUGCGCAGGAGACACCUCACUGGGAACUAGAAUACCGCCUGACCAAGGCCUACCAGGUGCAGGAUGCAGGCACCAGCUCCAUGCACACAGCACUUACCCGCAUCUCUAGUGACCAUCACAUGCUGCAACGCUACUACAUCUAUAACUCAGUCGGGUAUGACGAGUCGGCCUGUAGGGACACCUGCCGCAAGGAACAUGUGUGUGCCAUGCAACAUGUGGCUUUCAACACUUAUGCUGCCUGCCUGCAUGGCCUUGGCACCAGGCUUGUGCCUGGUCUCCAGCUACUGCUGACUGUGCUAAGCCUGUACCUGUUGGUGGGGCUAUCACCCUCGGUGCUGCCAGACUGUCCCUCUUUCUGGAUUCAUAUUUCUCCUGGUAAAAUGGGGCAGCAUCACCCAUGAAAAACUGAACCAUCUCCCCUGUCUGAGGGGAGUAAACUGGGAUGGGAUAUUGGAGCCAGGACACCAAGCACCAGAGAUCCUUCCGGAAGCUCAU